ACCCGCAUUGGAUAUAAGGAAAAAUCCUGGACAUGAAACUCCGGUUCCAAAUACUCCACAAGGCUAUCAAUUACUUUAUCAACGCGCUUGGAGUUUUAAUCCUCAUGAACGCCCUUUGAUUGGUGAUAUUAAUAAUGAACUUGAUGAAUUGUUAAAAAAUUUAAAAAAUUCGCUUAUCCCUUCGAUGAAAUCACAAAUCUCUACAAAGAAGUCACAUGACUCCUUCGGGAAAAGAUUAAAAAAUAAAAUUUUCUCUUCUGCAAAUCCUUCAAAUACAAUUCAUUCCGAUAACACACACCAUCGAACUGGUUCUGAACCCGUCAAUCAGCCACUUCCAACCGAGAUUCCUGAUAUUAUCAUUAAUAAAAGGAAUUCUGAUCCUCCACUUCCGGACAAGCCGCCACAACUUGAUACUGACCAGGAAACUGUAAUUCCUCCCGUCAUUCCGAAAAAGCCUCCUGAUAUUUAUCUAAAUUAUAACCAAAGUGCUAAUCAAUCAUGCGAACGUUACAAAUUCGAAGAGCAACAAAGUGUGACAUAUGCCAUAGAUCCAAUACAACAUAAAUCUACUCCUUUUACUCGAAAUAAUUUUAAUAUUAAACCCCAAUAUGAUUCGGCUCCUAAUUUGCCUAAUUUAAUCGACCAAAAUUCAUUAUCUCCACAUGCACCAUCGCAUCAACAUGGUUAUUUCCAACAAGGUUCACCAAACCAAUAUGGUUAUUUCCAACAAGGUUCACCAAACCAACAUGGUUAUUUCCAACAAGGUUCACCAAACCAACAUGGUUAUUUCCAACAAGGUUCACCAUAUCAACAUGGUUAUUUUCAACAAAGUGAUCCUAAUCAAGCACCACCACCUCAAAACUAUAAUUUAAAUAUAAAUCAGCAAAAUUCGAGCCCAUUAAGUUCGAGCCCGUUAAAUCCGGGUCCGUUAAAUUCGAGCCCGUUAAAUUUAAAGCAGCCACCUGUUCUUCCGCCAAAGAUCCCUAUUUCAAAUCAAGCUUCAAAUUCAUCAAAUUUCAUUCACAAAAAUGUAGCUCAAACUGAAGUAAUUCCACAAAGUUACCAUGGACAAUUUGAACAGCCAACUGGUCAAAAUAUAAACCAAAAUAAAGCCCAAACAGGGUUCAUUCCUCAUGUUUAUUCACAAACUCAUUCACAAGCUCAUCCACAAAGUCAUUCGUAUGGACGAUUUGAUCAGCCAACUGGCCAAAAUAUGAUCCAAAAUCAACAAAAUCAACACCAAAUAAUUAACCAAACAAUUCAAAAGUCACCUGAUGAAAUGUGUCAGGAAUUAUUGCAAAAAUAUAUUAAUGAAUAUAAUGGUGUUAUAAAUUUCCAAGAGCCUACAACAUGUAAUCCUUGUUAUCAUGUUGGAUUAGAAAAAAACUGUAAUAAUAUUAAAGCUGCGAUAAGCUUUUUGGUAGAUAAUGGCUGUGAUAUUAAUGCUAUAGAUAAAUCUUCAAAACGAACAAUAUUGGCAAAUUAUUUGAUCAAAAGAUAUAAAACUGAAAAUUAUGCUUCAAUAAUUGAUUUAUUAUUAGAAAAAGGUGCUGAUCCUAAUAUCCCUUGUGGAGUUACACUUCCUG